GCGGGCCGGAGUGGAGCCGGGUGGGCGGCUGGCGGGUAGGGGACGCGGUCGGCGGCAGCAGGGCCCAGGGGCGGCGGGGCUGCAGCAGCGGCGGCCCCAGCUUUGCGGAGCCGCGAUCUGCUAGUGGGCUCCGCGUUGGCGGACUGCUCCCCAGGCACCAGCGCAGCGCGCGCUAGCUGGGCUUCGUCACUCGCCUCCAGCUACAUCCGCCGGCAGAGGCUGCGCGAGCCUCCGGGCUUGCGGUCCCCGCCCCGCGGUCCUUCCUCCACCCUCAGCCAGGGCAGCGGCAGCCCAAGCAAACAGCCACGGAGCAUCCUCCGCCCGCCCCGGCCGCGCCACCGCCCAUGCUGCAGCCAGUGCCAGGCAGCGACCCCGCGGCCGGAGCCCGCCGCUCGGUGACCUCAGCCUGGCCCCUGCGAGCCGCCGGAGCCGGUCCCGCUGAGCCGCGGGCCCAGUGCCCUGCGAUGGCUCGGCUGGUGCAGCGCGGCGCCAGGUGCUCGCAGUCCUCCCGCUGAGACGCGGCCGGCUGGGGACCCGCUGGGCCUCGGCGCUCGCAGCCUUCGCCUCCCCGCCGCGCCCGCUCCCUUUCUGGGGACUCUGCCGCUGUUUCUGGGGACGCGGGGACAGGGGGCCCAGACAAAGCCCACUUUGUAAGGGGAGUUGGCCGCGGGCGUGGAAUGUGCGCGUUGGCGCGCGCCCCCUCCCCGCGCCCCGCCAGCUGCGAGUCUUGGCUCCCUGACUUGUCUCGUCGCGUCGGAGAAAUCGUCCCCCAGCGCUGCUCUCCAGCCCAGGGAUCCUGGUUCGGAGCUCGCGCGGCCAGGAGUCGCCUCGGUCUCUCCUGGGGCGCGCGCAGAUGUGAGCGUGCGAGAGUUGUGUAGGGGUUUUUUUUCCCUCCGAAACUGAGACCCAGGGCGCCCAGUGGGCACCGGUGCCUUGACUCUGUCCUUUCUGCAGCCGCUGGUCCGAGCUGUCUGGCCUCAGUUUCCCUUCGACUUUUCUCCGCUCUGCCAGCCCUCACUGCUGCCCGUCAUUGUUCUCGCAGUUAGAUGGGGGUGCUUUGUGACGGCUGCCAAGGUGGGGUGUGUUCUCUUUGUCCUAUUUUUCAAACAGAACAAGGCCUCCAAGGCUGACCCCAGACAACCCACCCCCUCGGACCCCACUUCACCUUAUUGCACUGAUUUUUUUUUAUCAAGUAGUAGUUUAUUGUACAGGAGCCACGCCCUGAUUUCUUAAAGGCGCCUUGCACUCUGGCCAUGUGUUAUCUCUGCAGCUGGUGUGUGGGAGGCCUCUUGUGAGCCACCUGUUUUCCCGCCUCCACCACCCCCUCGAGGAUUUAGGGAUGCCAGGGGGGAAGAAGGUGGUUGGGGGUGGCAGCAGUGGUGCCACUCCAACAUCUGCUGUGACCACCGCCCACUCUGGGGUCAGGCGUUUGGAGACUAGCGAAGGAGCCUCAGCCCAGAGAGAUGAGGAGCCAGAAGAGGAAGGGGAAGAGGACCUGCGAGACGGAGGGGUCCCCUUCUUUGUCAACCGGGGUGGGCUACCUGUGGAUGAGGCCACCUGGGAAAGGAUGUGGAAACACGUGGCCAAGAUCCACCCCGAUGGAGAGAAGGUGGCGCAACGGAUCCGUGGGGCCACAGACCUGCCCAAGAUCCCCAUACCGAGUGUGCCUACGUUCCAGCCGUCUACACCUGUCCCUGAGCGCCUGGAAGCUGUGCAGCGCUAUAUCAGGGAGCUGCAGUACAAUCACACAGGGACACAGUUCUUUGAAAUUAAGAAGAGCAGACCUCUGACAGGGCUGAUGGACCUGGCCAAGGAAAUGACCAAAGAGGCCCUGCCAAUCAAAUGCCUGGAAGCCGUGAUCCUGGGAAUUUACCUCACCAACAGCAUGCCCACCCUGGAGCGCUUCCCCAUCAGCUUCAAGACCUACUUCUCAGGGAACUACUUCCGCCACAUCGUGCUGGGGGUGAACUUCGCGGGCCGCUACGGCGCGCUGGGCAUGAGCCGGCGCGAGGACCUGAUGUACAAGCCGCCCGCCUUCCGCACGCUCAGCGAGCUCGUACUGGACUUCGAGGCCGCCUACGGUCGCUGCUGGCACGUGCUCAAGAAGGUGAAGCUGGGCCAGAGCGUGUCGCACGACCCGCACAGCGUGGAGCAGAUCGAGUGGAAGCACUCGGUGCUGGACGUGGAGCGCCUGGGCCGCGAUGACUUCCGCAAGGAGCUGGAGCGGCACGCCCGCGACAUGCGGCUCAAGAUUGGCAAAGGGACGGGCCCUCCCUCUCCUACCAAGGACCGGAAGAAGGAUGUUUCUUCUCCGCAGCGGGCCCAGUCCAGCCCCCACCGCAGGAACAGCCGCAGCGAAAGACGGCCCUCUGGUGACAAGAAGCCUUCCGAGCCCAAAGCCGUGCCAGACCUCAAUGGGUACCAGAUCCGGGUCUGAGGCGGAUGCCAGCACCCCAGGCCCCACCCACUCCUAGGGGUCAGGAUCCACCUGCUGGAACCAGCCUCAUGCAUGGGGGAAGGCAGGGCUGGUGACAAGGCAGGGCAAGAGGCUGCAGCAAGAGUGUGUUCCAGCUCAGCCCCCCAAGCUGCUCCCGCUCCCACUGAGCCAAGCCCCCUAACUUUGGGCCUAGAGGCCGUUAGUAUUUUAUUUGGAGUUUUUAACUCUACAACUGAAGUUUAAGGUAUUUGGGGAAAACAGUCCAAACGGAUCUGCUGAUGGUGGGAAGGCCAGUGCUUAGGAGAUCCAUGUGCCAUGGAGCCAGGUGAGAGAGAUUGCUGGUUCUGCUGGUGCCUCUGCCCCUGGCUUCUCUCUGGGAGUUCAGUGCAUCCUAUCAGGGGGAAGUUUCCCAGCCUUACCAGGCCCGUGGUGGGGGGUGGGGUGGGCUGGAGAUGUUUCUCCAGUUCUGCCUGCCCUGGCAGAAUCUUGACCCAGGGAAAGGGAAGCAGGGUAGGAGUCCUCCUGAGAAAGGUUUGUUCCAUUAACCAGGAGCUUGGCACAGGCCACAUCUGCCCCAAGAGCAUGAGCUCGUGGCCUAGGAGAGCCUUCAGGCCCUGGAGGUCCCCAUGGGCAGUGCUGUGUGGGCAGAGGAGGGGUGAUAGGAGAGCCCAGGGAAGGACCUCUGAGCAGAAAGUUCCCAGGGCCUAACCGAGUCUACUUGCUCAGUCCCAGCUCUGCCUGUUGCUCUAGCCCACGGGCUCCCUGCAGAGGGUCUGGGCUUGGUGGAGGACCCAGAAUGGCACUGAGGCCAGCAUGGCUGUGGGAGUUGAGCAGACCCUGGGCAUCAGUCCAGGAGCUGUGGCUGGGCAUGGGUUGAUGGGGUGGGAUGCUUGGGCCUGGGUCUUUCCCCUGGCAGUGCCAGGAGCCCCUGCUGGGGAAAUCAAGACCAGACUAGGAUGCUUGUGUCCCAGGCCUGCCUUGCAUCCUUUAACAGCCCAUCUUGGCUUGGGGUUGCAAUGAUGGCUGGGCCAGUCACUUGUGGCAGGGCAUCAGGGCCCUGGCAGGGAAGAACCUAGGCACCUGGGGUUGUCCCCAGCCUGCCCGUCAGCAUGAGAUACCUGGUGGGAAAGUGAGAGGAUGCAGAGAGGUUGGCAGAGCCGGAGGUAGGUUCUGGAGGCUUAAGCAACAAGGAGGUGCAGGGAAAGGGUGCAGUGCAGCCACUGAGGAGGGACAGCUGGGAACUGGGGGAUGCAAGUGAGAAAGGGAUGUGGGGGAGAGUUUAGGAUCAGGCUGCUUGAGGAGUAAUGGGUUGCCUACAGCAAAGACUAGAUGGCUGUUUGUCAGGAGGCGUAGAAAGGUAGAAAUGAUUCGGGUUAUGGAAGGGUAAAUGGAUGAGAUGACCAUUAAGGUUUUGUUGUUUUACUGAGAGGCUGUAAGGCCGCUAGGGGCAGCUGCCAAUAAGGCUGUAGAAGGGCUGGGGGUCUACAUAAGGAAGAUCAGAACUAGGGUUGUAAACUCAAACGACAACAGGGCCAGCAAAUGGUGAGAAGGAGAGCUGCAGGGCUGCGUGGGGACUAUGGCUACCUGAAGAGGGCACACCCUGUUAAAGGGGCCACAGCUGCUCAGCUGUUCUUACAGUGCCAGCCCCGUGUUGCCAGAUUGUCUGCUUUGUCAGAGGCCAGAAUUCUGACUUUUUAUGUGAAAUAGAAUUUUUAAAUGCUGGUGAUCACUUCCAUAAAAACUUAAAAACCCAGUACUGGCAAAAGAGGAUGCCAGUUUGCAAUCCCUGAAGUAGAGACAGCUCGUGCUGGGGAGAAGUCCACCAAGAUGCUUUGAGGUGGGGUGUAGGAAAGUCCUGUUCCCCAGAGCUGGGCUGGGCCGGGGGAGGAUCCUCGCAGCUGAGGAGAAGGAAAAGCCACUGAGUCCCCUCCCAGAGCGGGACAAACCAGAGGCCCUUUGGAGUUGCUGGGUCAGCAGCAGGGGUGGUGUGGAGUACAGACAGUAUAGCUCUCGGCCUGCCAGGGAGACGGAUGGUGCCUUCGAAGCAAAGAAAGAGGAAGGGAAGGCAGAGCCAGGGAUGCCUUUGCUGAUGAGAGUGCCUGUCAGAGAAGGCGCCACAGGCUGGCAGCUCUUCAAACCAGCAGCGCUUGACCCAGAGCCAGAUCCAGCAUGGCCCAGCCAGAGGCACCCUGGGAGGCCAGCUGGUCAGUCCCUUGCCUCCCCAAGUUCCUCCUGGGGUCAGUGAGCCCUGGGAGGUGCCUAACUCCAGCCAGACUAAUAACAGGCACAUGGUGACCCCUGACUCAGCAUCCCGUCCCAGCUUUCAGGGAGUGGGGGUGGUGUGGUCUCCAUGUUCCCACUGUGCCUAAGAAGAGGUGGCUCACCUUGGGAGGUGCCAGGCUGAAACUAGGUCCUUUCCGAGUCUGGAUGCUGCCAGGGGUGUGGCCUCAGCCACCUCUGGGAGCUUCCCGGGAAUGACAGGGUUUGAGGGGAGUAGAUAUGAGAAGGAGCCACUCCUGGUUCUGGAGUCUUCGGAGGUUCAACUUGCAGGAUCCUUUCCCAGAGCCCUCCAUGGAGAACACAGCAAAAUGAAGCUCUUACCUGCUUGCUGUCUGCAGGGGAGGGAGCCGAGCCCCAGCUGAUCAUCCCCCAGCACUCACCCUUCCUGAGCUGAGACUUGGGGCUGUGGAGACCAGCACAGGACAUAGUGGUGCUUUUUAAAUUUAUUUUUAACUGUUUCUCAUAUGUAGCAACCCCUCCUCCCCUCCUGCGCGUGUUUACACAGGCUCUGCUCUGGGGGCUGGCCUGGCUGUGAGGUUUCUGGGGAGGCAGAGAGGCAGGGACUUUGGGGCCUUAGUCACCAUCCAUGGUAUCACCUCAUCUCACUUCCUGUGAGGGACGUGGCCUGGCUGAUGGGACCCCAGCUCCCACCAGUUCAGGACUGCCUUCCAGCUCCUUUGCCCCUGGAGGUGGGGGCUGCUGGCUGAGGAGGGGUCAAGGUGAAUUCCGAGAAAGCUACCUGGGGAAAAUGGACCAGGAUUGGGGGUGGUGAUUGCAAAGUCUCCCCAAAACCUGGCUCCUUGUGCUGAGUGCCAGGGGCAGAACACUGGGGAGCCAGGUAUAGAGAACCUUCCUGUCGUAACUGCCAGUCCUCUCCCUCCAAGGCCUCCGCACAUUCUCAUGGUCCCCUCGCCCAUCAUGCCAGCCACCCCUAUCCCUCUUCUGGCAGGGCCAAGUUGGGGACAGCAGCAGCCCUCUGGCCUUGGGAUGUGAUGACAAAGCAAGCCUAGGGCCAGGGUUUGGGGAGCAGAGAGAGCUGAGAAGUUGACCACGUGUGAUUUCCAGCCCUUCCCGCUGGGACUUGACUUCCCGGGUCAAGGAGUCGGUCUCAUUCUGGCUGGUGGAGUGCCCAGAGGCCUGUGUGAAUGUGUGCACCUGCUUUUCCUGCCUGGAAUGUUUUCUGGCUCAGCUGCAGCAGCAUCUGCAGGCCCAGUGUCUGCCCUGUGUCCCUGGGCUCACUCCAAGUGCAGGGACAUGAGUGCCGGGCCCAACGUGAUGACGGUGCGAAGGGCAGGAAACAGUCUUCUGAAGGAGUGGGAGGUGGGCAGUCUGCCCCCUCCCCAGGUACCAUCGCCUCCUGCCAGCUUCCCCAGACCAGGCAGGGCUGCCAUGGUGCUAGCUGCAAGUCCAUCAGUAUUGACCGUCUCGCUCCAUCUUGGUGCUCCAGAGUCCCAAGUUUCCCUUUUUCAUCACAUCUGACAAGAGAGAAGAAACAUGGGUGUGCUUGGCCCACAGGGCCUGGUGGUGAUGGACCUCCCCUCCCUCAAGCUCUGGAUGGCUGCAGUGUGGUACUAGACUUUGUUCAGGCUGUUCUCAUCUUAGUAUUGCCCCUUCCUUUCACUUUCACACUUCUGUCAUUCCUGUUGUCACUUUCCCCUGAAACGAAUAAAGUCUCCCCAGCUCCUGCUGUGUGGGCUGGGCAGAAACCAUAAC